AAUUACACAUUAAAGAGAAAAAAAGGAGAACAUGCUAAUUUGAUCCGGCGAUUUUCCCUGUAAAAUCGAUAAUUUUCCCGAGAAAAAUCCCCGACAUAGCCGUCUGAUCGUCGGCAAAGCAAGGAUAAAUUAGAAACAUGGGAAGUCUGAAGGGGGCAUUUUCGGCGAUUUUUCUGCUGUUAUCCCUUCUUCUUCAUCAAUCACUCUCCGAGGAGUUCGGAAGAUCUGCAUCUACUAGAUCAGUCAAGCAAGACCAGGAUCAUGUCCACGAAGUACAUUGUUCACGGGAAAGAAGUCGAACAGCUUGGCAGAUCGUAGAAGAUUAUCUGAUGCCAUUUGUGGAACGAGAGAGAUAUCAACUUCCAAGAUCUUGUAGGCUCCAUCCGGAUAACGAUUUGUACAGAGAUCAGGAACAGCAUAAGGUUCAUGUGGAUGUAAAUGAAUGGAAAUGUGGUUACUGCAAAAAGAGCUUCCGUGCUGAGAAUUAUCUUGACCAACACUUCGACAACAGGCAUUACAAUCUUCUGAAUACAACACAAUCAAAGUGCUUAGCUGAUAUAUGUGGUGCAUUGCAUUGCGAUUUCGUACUGAGCUCCAAGAAAUCGAAGAGCAAGUGCAACCCUGCAGCUGUUGCAAAAAACCGGCACCUCUGUGAGAGCCUUGCCAAUAGCUGUUUCCCAGUGAAUCAGGGUCCCUCAUCUAGCCGUCUUCAUGAACACUUUCUGCGCCAAUUUUGUGAUGCCCAUACCUGCACCGGAAGAAAUAAACCGUUCCCUAGAGGCGGCAAGAAGCAAUCAGGGGUCUUCUACCUGGCCAUUUCGAUAUUGACCAUUAUGCUACUGCCCGUGUUUUAUCUUCUGGUCUUUUUGCACCAAAGAGAAAUGAGGAGCGGAACUCAAGAGCUACGUCGGAUUAAGAAACUUGGACAAAAAACAAAGCCCUCGUGAGACGGCAGUGGCAAUAGAAUUUCGGCAGUGGGCUCACUGUGGACACAUGGAGAUAACAGUCAUGUAAUGUACCGGAUUGUUGUAAAGUUCUACGCAGGUAGAGGGGCUGAGGAAAGGAUUGGUACUCAACAUGAACUCCCCAGCUGUUUUAUGAGAAGAAAGGAUGUAAAAUACCAACCUUUUUCCAGUGGGAUGGAUCACAAACUGUUAAGAUUACUUCUACUCCUUAGACAUUUCAUCAUUUGGUGUUCAUUCUGAAUCGGAUCCUUGUAAAAUUCUCAAGAGUUACUGUCACUAGAAGGAGCUAUAAAGGGCAUGCUUUGUAUUUUA